AGCAUUAGAUGUAGAUAUUUUCAACAGCUUUUAGUGUAGGUCCUUCUACUUCUGUAUUCCAUAGGUUUGCGGGCGCAGAGCCCUGCAAUGGCAACUCCAUUCUUCGGUCACGCUGGACUACUGGAAUGCUCAUCGCCCCUAGAACAACUAGACAAGCUGGAUUGCACAGCUAACAUCUUUGAAGCGCGUGAGCUCAAGGGAGCUGUCUUCGGGGGGUGUCCUAAGCGCCAGGGAACACUUGCCUCGUGCUGCUCUUUGCUGACCAGCUGCAGCGACAUUGCUUCUCUUGACUCAGAGAACGAAAGCUCCUUCUACAGGCGGCGGUCUUCCUCCACGUUUAAGAGCGAUGAGGGGGCUUGUUGCACAGCAUCGGACUCUCCAAUGGCAAUGCUGCAAUGCGAAGACGCGCUGGAGGAAGACGAUUGCGAUGAAGACGCUACCCGCGAGUGGGCCCCUGGGAGGCCCGCUAGAGCUAACAUGGGGCCUUUAUACCAUCAUACAGAUGCAGAGGAGACCCUCAGGAACGAGCUGAGCAAGGAGGCAGAGCUCGGACCUUUUACUCCGACACCGCUUCCUGUUGAGUAUCGCGAAGCCCUUGUGCACUGGAUGCGGGACGUCUGCGCGCUUCGUGCACUUUCACCGGCGACCUUCUUCACUUCUGUAUCGGUCCUCGAUCGCUUUUCGCGGUCUACGGUCGAGACCGCGACUCCGCCUACGCUGCUGCAGCUUGUCGCCCUUACCAGCGUCUCCAUCUCGGCAAAGUGCCACCAGCAGCAGUGCGCGGGCGAGCUGCUGAGCUUGGCGCGCGACGAGAACGGCAACCUCUACCGGGGCGAGGACUCGCGCAUGAUGGAGAUCCACAUGCUGGACACGUUGGGGUGGCGCCUGCGCAUGCCCACCGUCUACACGUUCGUGACGCUCUUCCUGCACCGCGUCAUCAACCGGCCGCAGGACGGCCAGGUGGUCCCCCCCGGCACGGAGGCGGAGUUCCGCGGCCUCGUGCUGCGCCUGGCGGAGCUGGCGGUGCUGGACCACGAGCUCACCGCCGUCAGCUACAGCGUGCUGGCGGUGGCGUGCCUGCUGGUCGCGGAGACGGAGAUCAAGGGCGGCCACAUGCACGCCAACCUCAAGACCGUCUCCUCCCUCCGGACCGUCCCCGGACUGCCGGACCUGGCCAACCUGUCGGCGCCCGUGCAGCGCCUGUACUGCCUGUACAAGUCGGUGACGGCGGCGUCCCCGAAGGCCUAGAAGGCGACCCAGGGUCGCUGUGGUGACCCGUGGGUCACUCUCACCUAGAGUUCCGCCAUUUCCGGGCGGAAGGGCAUCUUCUUCCGGUACCGUGAGAUCUCUGGUACUUUGCGGGAAAAGUGCUUGGUGCGUACCGUGAUUGGUGCGCUUGUGGCGGCCUGAGUGGCGCUUAACAGCGGCUUUUACCUUAGCUUUGUGGAAGCACAUACACAGUAUAGGACGGCAAUGAUCAUCUUUGGGGCCAGCCACAUGCUACACGUACUGCUUUGGCCUCCAUGAUCUUGUUUGGAUUCCUUUCAAACGAAAUGUUAUUCGGUAUUCCUUCCAAUUGCAAGGCAUCCAUGCCCAUUUCUUCCUUCCUCUCGUCUGAUCUCUUGGUCAUGUGUCAUGAUCAUGCCGUAAGGGUCCAAGGGUAUACUCCGUAUAUAUAUAACGUGCGCCGAGCUGGUAGAAGUUUGGUGGGUAAAACCGCACUGUGAACUAAACACUCCUAUGUUUUUAGGGGGUUUCGCUGAGUAGAUGUUUGUCUUUUACUCUGGUCUGCUGAAGCUUCGUUUUUUGAGUCGAGUUAUCGAACACAGCGGGACUUUUCCUUUGCCGCUGUGCUGCAUGGUACGAGGACCACAGCGUUUUCAUCAUGGUGCGUGUGACAUCAUCAUUUACGUUGGUAGUUUAGUUACAUUGGAACCCCCCCUGUCGGUGAAGCUUUUUUCCCAAGGAGCAAUGUGUGCAGACGACAGAAGGCCCCAUCGGGAAGCCAGCGUCGUUAAAUCGCACGAGCUCGGAGACUUCUCGCGCCGUCAAUAGAGCAGGCAUGCCGGCCCCAUCCUGAAGCUCCUGCAGUGUUACGGCGGUGGCGGCUGGAAGCGGGUGCACGGUUGUGAGAGGCAACAUGCAUGUGAUUGGCUUCUGAAACAUGUGAUUAGAUUAUUGGUGAGUUGAGUAGGUUGGUUGCAGGCGGUUUUUAGCCGAUGCGCGAAUGGCCUGCAUACGUCUGUCCCCUUGGUUGUCUUCAAUAGGCAGCAAGUUGAACAUGAUGUAAGCCGAGUUGCGAGUGCUCUUCGGGUGCGAAGUCUAUGGCUGUGCAGCCGCCGAGAUUUGCUGUAGGCUACCCGCAUAACUUAGUUGCACCGCGCUUGGUUGAGAGUGGUUGGUGGUGUUAUGAAGGCGGUUAUGAAGGUGGGAGAGGAAUUACGCGCCGUGCUGCUGUUAAUUGCACGUACUCGGGAGAGCCCAAUUUGUCCUGGGGGUAUGCAGCUGUGUGGUAUCUCGCUUUGCGUCCCAUGGGCCAGCGCUUUGCUGUCCGUGAGCGAUGGGAGGAGGUAGCUGUUGUAGAAUAGAUGACGCAGCAGCGUAUAGUUGGAUGCGGCAACAAAAGCCGCUUGCUCCGUAGUACAGCUUUUGGCGGUGGGGCUGUGAUGAACAGGGAGCUUAUUAUCUCUAUGUUGGAUGUCCGUCCAUGCAUUUGGCCAGGCGCACACUGCUCUAGUCCUUCGAAUGCUCGUGCAAUCCACCCAGCGCUGGGGUGUGAGCAAAAUGGCCGUUAACCAUCCUUGUCUAGACAGAAUGUUUCUUGGGGCUUGCCAGUGGUGGAAGGGGCUUUCUUGCUGGGCCGUUUCCAUUGGCUAGACAUGCGCAGCGUUUUCAAGGUAGAAAGGGGUCUUUGUCUUGAGUUCGGUCUUUCGGUGCAAUCACCAAAACCAUUGUUUUGUCUUAUGUUGUGCGCGCACUGAUUCAGGGUUUCGUUAUUGUGAUCUUGGGAUCACGCUGUGCUCACGGUACUUGUGCUCAUUGCGUUUGCGUCCGGUUCCUAGUCGUAGGGUAGACAGCUUGUUGUGCGUGCGUGAUGUAGAAGAAACAGCCAUUGUAGCGGAUUGUGCAGCACUUCCUCCUGUCCUUAGUUUAAUGUGGGCGCUAUUCUUGCCUUCUGUUUCUGGAUGAUCCCUUCUUAUUUUCCUUGCUGGUUGAUUGUAUGAUGCCUCUCUUGCACCUCGCUUUUAUACUUCAGGCUUUACCUGGCUGCUGGGGCAUUCCGGCGGAUGUUGGGUUUUGCGCUAUUUUCUCCUUGCGCCUACACCGAUUCAUUGGCUUUUGUUAUUAUGUCAAGCUCCCUACAUGUAAUCGGUGGGAAAUUG